AGAGCGUGUCACGCGGAAUAUUGGCCGAAAUUGCCAGCGUUAUUAUACAUCAAGAGAAGUCACUAGACCCUCAAAAGAGGCUUCAACGGUCGAGAACACCGAGUUAGUACAUCCGUUUCCCUGAAGCGCUCAAAUUAUCCGAAUUCUCUUUGGUGAAACAUCAGAAGGAGAUUUUUUUGUGUCUUGGUUCUUUACUAAGCCAUCUGGCACCAACUGUUUCACCACAGCUAGAUAAGAUUCACCCUUUGAAGAGACCUAAGGAUCCUGCUGUCUGCCAGGCCUGUGGUGGCCAUCAACAGACCUCUACUCUACAACACUGGAGAAAUCUGGGCAGAAGCAGCCAUGCCAUUUGGCUGUUUGACUCUGGGAGCGAAGAAGGAUUACAACAGUCCCUCUGAGGUCACUGAUAAAUAUGACCUGGGACAGGUAGUGAAAUCGGAGGAGUUUUGUGAAAUCUUCAGGGCGAAAGACAAGAACACAUUGAAAAUGUACACCUGUAAAAAGUUCCUGAAAAAAGACGGGAGGAAAGUACGGAAAGCAGCUAAAAACGAGAUCCUCAUCUUGAAAAUGGUGAAGCAUCAUAACAUCCUCCAGCUGGUCAAUGUCUUUGAGACGAGAAAGGAGUACUUCCUGUUUCUGGAACUGGCCACGGGCAGAGAAGUGUUUGACUGGAUCUUAGACCAGGGCUACUACUCAGAACGUGACACCAGCAAUGUGAUCCGGCAGGUGCUGGAGGCUGUGGCUUACCUUCACUCUCUCCACAUCGUUCACAGAAACUUAAAGCUGGAAAAUCUUGUGUACUACAACCGCCUGAAGAACUCAAAAAUUGUAAUCAGUGACUUUCACCUUGCCAAACUGGAAAACGGCCUUAUCAAAGAGCCAUGUGGCACACCAGAAUACCUUGCUCCAGAGGUGGUUGGCAGACAGAGAUAUGGCAGACCAGUAGACUGCUGGGCCAUCGGAGUGAUCAUGUACAUCCUACUUUCAGGAAACCCGCCUUUUUAUGAUGAUGCAGAUGAUGAUGAUUAUGACAGUCAUGAUAAGAAUCUGUUCCGGAAAAUUCUAUCCGGAGACUACGAGUUUGACUCACCCUAUUGGGACGAUAUCUCAGAUUCAGCAAAAAACCUUGUUGCAUGUUUAAUGGAGGUGGACACAGACCAAAGACUGACUGCGCAGGAAGCCAUCAACCAUGAGUGGAUAUCUGGUAAUGCCGCCUCAGACAAGAAUAUCAAAGAUGGCGUUUGUGCUCAGAUCGAGAAAAACUUUGCUAAAGCCAAAUGGAAGAAAGCUGUGCGUGUGACCACCCUGAUGAAAAGGCUCAGGGCCCCAGAUCAGAGUGACUCUGGGGCUUCUAGUCCUGCACUUGGAGCCUCAGGAGGCACCACCCCUGUUCCUCUUGCUGCCACACCAGUGCCUCCCCGAAGCACCCUGGUCGCCCAGGAUAAUCCAGAGGAACAAGAGGCCUCAAUUCCAGUACGGUGUAAUGGAGAGAUGGUAACGUCCCAGCAGCUUUGUGGGGAGACUAGGGAAGAAUAGAAUAGAGGCUGACAGAGAUCAGAGAAAUAUAGUGAUAAAUAGAACAGCACCCACGCAGUUCAUAUAAAUUUAGUUUAAAAUCUAAUGGUGUAGCAAAGUUCAAUUGUGCUUAGAAGCUUGAUCGCCAUUUUCCAUUUUCAUUUGUGUGAAAAUGCUAUAAUCUAGAAAAAACUUUUAAAAAACAAAACCCAGUCCCGUAAUUGUCUAUUUGUAUUUUCUUCUGUACAUUUAUUUAGGAAAUAUUGUUUGUUACAGACCUAAAACUUGCCAGUGAAAAACAACAGAUAUUUGAGGCAUUUUAACCUAAUUUUCACAGUCCAGGACCAUUUUUUACCCCUCUACAGAAAACAGCUGAAUGAGUGAAUGUUUGGAAUAAGCUAUUUUAAGUACUACUGAUAAAACACUACUAAUUGUCUAAUUAAACAUAAGAAACAAGCAAACCAAAAGGAAAAACAAUAAAGCCGCUGAAUAGUUUGUUGUUAAAUCUGGAUAAUCUGGGUAAAGAAAAUCUUUGGACUUUAUGAAAAUUGACUUCCCCUUUUCAUCAGUGACUCCUCUGAUGAGCUAACAUGUAAAAACAGAAACAUUAUCUUAUAUUGUUUUACAAUAUUAUGUAAAAUAUAUGUUUGAUUUUGUUUUAAAUGUGAUAUGUUGCAAAGAACAUAUGGAAUAGAAGCUGUUUAAACAUAUUUGUAAAUUGCAGGUUUAAGGUUGAAUUUGGCACAGCUUAUGAAUACUAUAUGUAAUAUACUAACAAUAAUGCUAAAAAGCACAUCUGCUUAAUUAUAAUUUUAUCAAUAUUUUUCGUAUCAUAAUAUUGGCUCAUCAGUAAAUAAACUGCUGAUGUACCUCUUUAAUACUAUAUAUAAAAUUAUCAUAUUAUCAUUAUCUUAUAUUGUUUUUCGCACAGCUAAUAUUUUUCUUUUCUUUUGCUCUGCUGUGCAAUUAUCGUACAAUAAUUAUGUAGCUGUUUUGAUUUUAUUUACCCUCAUAUCUGUAUUCUGAAGAACACUGCAUUUUAUAUGGAUUAUCACUGGUUUCAAUUAGUCUGAUACAUUGAGGUCUAAGGGUUUCCAGAACAUUCUCUUAAUGUGCAGUACAAAUGAAGCAAUAUGAAUAUUGCUGUAAUACUGUGAAACUGCCAUAUGGUGAUAAGAAGUUCCUGCCAUAUUUCAUACAGGUAGCCAAGCAAUUUGCUCUUGAUGGUUGUUUGCAUACUCAACAUGAUCUUACAGCUGUAUAUUAUGUUUAAAAAUAAUGUAUUCUUCCAAAACCCUGACUUUAUUUUUACUGUCCAUGUGGAGAGAUAUAUUUAAACUGCAACUCCUGCUGUAACUGUAAGACAGAUGCUCAUUAUGGCCUAUUUAUUUGUUGGUCGUAGUUUGUUUUAAAUGAUUGUCUUUGUGAUCACAUUGAGUAGAUGGCUCACAGGUCAUGCCAAUCAGAUGCUUACUUUUUAUGCGUUUGCUAAAUAUACUCAUUGUAAAUAGUUGCACUGAGUUUUAAUGUCACUUUAUGUAUUACUGCAGUAAUGUAAAAGAAACUCUUACGACACUAUAAGCCUAUUUUUGUUCAACCUUUUCCUUUAACUUUUUAUUCAAAGCUUCAAAAAAUCCAGUCAACAUAGUUUUACAAUCUCCUCAAUUGAAAAUCAAGUCAUCAUUCUCUUUUGUUUCAUUAUGAUGCUCACGUUUGAAAUAUAUUUUCUGUUUUCAUUACCUAAGACAGAGCAGAGGCGAAAAUUCUGCCCACAAGAAAUAAUUCAUCAAGCAAACUUAAGAAAUAAUUGUUGAGUGAUUCAUAAUUUUCAUGUAUUAGCCUAAUGUGUUUGUCACUCUUUGUUUGUGGCUUCUGUAUUUUGUUACUUGAUACGCAAAAUAAAUGUUUUUGGACAGUGUAAGUGACUGUGG